UUCGACAUCGAUGCCUUUUACCGCACCGUUUGCACUGGAAUGCUGCGUGGAAAUGAUGACCAAUCAUGUAGCGCAACCUGCGUUCCUACAGAGAAAGCUGCGCAGAUUAACAAAAAUCUGCAUAUGCAACCGCGCCCAUUGAAGACAAACCUCUUCCGCCCUGUCGCGCACCUGAAAUCGUCACUUGAUCCCCUCCCCCUUCCAUUUAUGCAUGGUGCAUUACUGGGAUAGCUAGCCCAAGGAGAUUAUAAUACGAUGUGAGACAAUUUGAACAAAAUGGUGCGUUGAUUUAAGAGGCGCAUAUUUGAAGGUCAUGACUGUAUUGUAUGUACGAGAAGUACGAAAGUCUCGGCAUUUUAAUUGUGUCAUUUUUUCCCUUACGGUGUCGCCUUUCCUUACGCAGCGCCCUCUGAAGACUUGCACUUGGAUUGGAUUUUUUUUUUCAUCUCGCCAGGAUACUGAACUAGCGGGGAAGUGUCAGAGGCAAGCAAGCGAUCAGGGAGGAGCGAUGGGAAGCGUAGAGACAGACAGAUGCGAACAGUGUAACUGAUGAGAGCCUUAGCUUUCAGUUUUGAGAUCAAAAUAAUUUAUUACCUUCUCGAUUAAACAGUAUCACUGAGAAAACUAAAGGAAAAACAGGUCUCCGGCAUCAUCGUCUUCCCUUCCGCUGCACCCCCUCCUCCUCGUCAACCUCUGGUUAAUAAAGUAAUGGAGAGAUGAACUGUGAUCGUAAUAAACUGUGGACAAAAUUGAACAGACAUGGCUGAUACCACUAGUUUUCGAGGCAUGGAGAGAGGCAGAGGCAGGACCCAAGCCGACUCCGGCCUGAGAAGCCUAUAUCCACAGCAGUAUCCUUACCCUGCAACGCAAGGCUUGGAAAUCCAGGAGCUGGCUUCUAAACGAGUGGAUAUCCAAAAGAAGAGGUUUUAUCUGGACGUGAAGCAGAGCUCCAGGGGUCGUUUCCUGAAGAUUGCUGAAGUAUGGAUUGGCAGAGGCCGACAGGACAAUAUAAGAAAGAGCAAGCUGACACUCUCCAUGGCAAUGGCCCCUGAUCUAAGGUACUGUCUUGGAGAUUUCAUUGAAUAUUAUGCUCAUCUGGGACUACGAGGUGCCCAGGGGCAAAGGCUAGAGGAGCAUACUAACAAUCAGGGCCAUCAUCAGGAUACUAGGAGAAGACAUCACCCUGCCUCUUCACCAACAGGAUCUGCUGCAUCUGAAGAACAUGUCCAUAGGGUGCUAAAAAGUGAGUUUAUUGAGCGAGACAACCGAAAGUACUACUUGGACCUAAAAGAAAACCAGCGUGGGAGGUUUCUUCGGAUAAGACAGACUGUGAGUAGAGGUCACGGAACCAUGGGUUACUAUGGACAAGGCAUUGAGCAGACUAUUGUACUGCCAGCACAAGGGCUCAUUGAAUUCAGAGAUGCAUUGUCCCAGCUCAUUGAAGAUUAUGGGGAGGAUGACAGUGAAGAGCGCAACCGAAGUCGAAAUCAUGAAGAGUCUCCAGAGCUUCCUGACGGUGUCUCCUUCAGAGUGGAUAACAAAAGGUUUUAUUUUGAUGUUGGCUCCAACCGAUAUGGGGUAUUCCUAAAGAUAAGUGAAGUGAGACAACCGUAUCGGAACACAAUCACUGUCCCUUUCAAAGCUUGGUCCAGAUUUGGUGACAACUUCAUUAGGUAUCAAGAAGAAAUGACAAGGAUCUUCAACUGUCACAAGGAGAAGAGGACAGACCCACGAGGAGACAGUGGGGAGGAGCAAGAUGAUUGACCAUGGACUAAGUGGUAAAGGCUAAUCCUUACAAAAAGUUUAACAUAGUUUAUAUAUUGUUUUCUAUACUGUACCUCGGAAAUACUGUACUGUAUGACUCUAGUCAACUAGCACUUUGAAAUGAGUAACUGUUAUCCCUCAAUUUAUUACCUUGCACCGUGAACAUAGGGAGGAGAAAAGCAUGGGGUAAAGUAAAUGAACAAGUUGGUUUUAGCACAAACAUAUUAAUAUUCAUAAUAGCCUUCUGUAUAUCGUGGUACCAGUACUAGGAAUAGGUAUGAGUGUGAUCUUAAUGUAUAAUUUUCAUAAUUAUAUAGUAUAGUGUCAGUUAUACUGAGAUCCUCUUUAAAAGCAGGGAGGUGAUGGUUGCUUUGCAUGUUGCUGUGGACUUUUUAUUGAUUUGUUUUGUCCACCCAUCAUUUUUAAGUAUGAUGAUGUGACAUUCCCAGGGUCUCAAUUUUAGGCACCUCUGGUCUGAUGUCCAUCUUUCUCUCACUGAAUAUUAAAAAUGACUUAGUACUGGCCAGUGUCCUGGUAAAAAAAAAAAAGUCAGAGCCUGAAUCUCAUUUUAUGUUUUUUAGGUCUUGUUUAUAGUUUAUGCUUUAGUAGGAGAGUUUAGUAUUUUUGUUUCUUUAAAAUGCAGCUCACUUACCUAAAGAAUGGCUAGAGUUGCUGUCCUCCUUUUUUAUUCAAUAUGCUUGUGAUGUGAUGCUCACCUCCUUUUAUCUGCCCCUUUUCCAAAGUUUGUCUGUUUUGUAGACAUCAUCAUAAAAGACAAAUCAUUGUGUUUUUAUUCAUUUAUAAUUUUAUCAGCAUACUAUCCACAACCAUUUUGUUAUAAUUAGGAGAGUUACCAGAUGCAAAUGCAAAGGGCAUUGCAAUGUUCAUCGAAUGAAGGUACUAAUUCACAGUGACAAAUAUUGUAUUUAUGGAUAAUUGACAAUUAUGAGAUGUAAAGUAUUAAUUCAGACCCACUUCUGAAUUACACUUUAGUGGAAUUAUUCCAUUUGAAAUACUCAAUUACUAGUUUACAUCAUUAUUUUCAACAGUGUGAAUUAUAUUCAUUUGUAAAGAAAUGUAAAGGAAGAACUCUAAGUUCUACAUCUAAGGUUUAAAUGUUAGCAUAUGUGAUAUUUUCUGCAGCGUCACACUGGUACAAAGGGAAAUGUCUGCCUUGUGCUGCAGUUAUGCACCUGUAUAGAAAAGAACUUUGCAUGGAAGGUUAUAGCUUGAAUAUACCCUACUGGAUGACAUUUUAUAAAAGGGCAAAAGGAUCUUUCAUAUUUAUGCAGUUGUGCAAGAGUAAGAUGUGUUAGCAUUAUGAUUCCUUUCUCCCAUUUAAGUAGUUUGUAACUUGAAAAAAAAGAUUACAUGUUCAAAUGUUUUAUAUGUGACUUUUCUAACAUAUGUUAAGUUUUUACCAUUUUGAUAGAAUUUCAGAACUAUUAAAUGCCACCUGUUUACUGAAAAGAAAAUAUACAAUCGAUGUGACAUUUACCUGAGUUUAAAAUGUAACCAAAAAUAGUAAUUAAGAUUUUAAAAACAAGAAAUGGUGCAAGAUGAAAAUUUGCCCUUCCUGGGUAUAUUAUGUACCUCAUGCAAUUCUGAGCAAGCUGUGAUGUUGUGAGUAGUGACCAGCAAUAGGAGGGGUUUCAGGCUUAUUGCAGUGUCAGCACUAGAGUUAAAAAAAUAUAUAUAUUAUAAUUUAGGGCUUUAUUUACAUUAUACCUGGAAAUUAAAAUUAACAUUUAUAUUGUAAAAUACAGCAAGUUUUCAGCUCAGUGCCAUACACUAAAGUUACUGAACUACUGGCAUUUACCACCAUCACUAUCCAGUCGGCAAUCCAAUUAUUUUUUUCUUACGUAUACAGUAUAGCAAGCGGUGAGAGUCUUGGACUACAAUUAAGGUCCAUGAUGUGCUUCUAAAGGUUUUCAGCAUUUAGAUGACUAUAAAAAAGAAAGUUAAAAUUCUUAUAAUUAAAGUAGGCAGUGGACUUAUUCUAGUUUCUUACUGUAUAUGGAGCACUUUAUGAAAUUACACAGUUGAAUUGAAUAUGAAAAAUUGUGCAUUAAGUUUGCAUAGGAAUCGCAAUUCAUGAGUAUGCUGCUACUCCCUUGCUAAGGAUAUAACUGAAAUUUCCGUUAUAUUUUUAAGUCUUCUGUAAAUAAAGUAGAAGCAGAAGAAUAUCUUUCAUAAAGUAGCUUGGUAGCAGUGCUUCCUUGUAGUGACACUGUAACAAUUUGUGUUGUUGAUAAUGCACUGAAAGCAUUUGUUAUAAAAUAAGUCUAUAACUGAAUGGUUUUAAACUAUAGUAUGAAAACAGGAGAGGAAAUUCCAGUAUUUCCUUGGCUUGGUUGCUCGAUCUUUAAUGCACAUACAGAUAAUCAUUUUUAAAUGUACUUGAAUUUACUUUUUAAUAGCACUUUAAAUUACUGAAUUCAAUUGGUGAACAUCAGAAAGUGAAUUUUUAGCUUUGUAGAGAUAAUUAAAAUACAUAUGUAAAAACAUCAAGAUUGCAUUUCUUUGGAAAUGUUUCUACAUGAAGAGGAUAUAUUAUCAUUUUGGUUUUAUUUAAAUAUGUCUAACUUAAAAUACUAUCUAAAAUAGUUAAGCUUCUACCUAAGAAGUAUUUAAUGUUAUGAAAAAUAUUAGCUAAAAUGAGAAAUCUGUGUUUUAUGGCAAGGAUGGUUUACUCUAGAGGGUAUCAAUGCCUUAAAACUGAUUAAUGUAAAGGUGCUUAUUUCCUGGAUAGUGAAGAGUGAUUAAACCCUUUAGACUGUGAUUUCAAAGAUUAUUAUCUUUAAUAAGCACAAUUAAUCACUUCAUUCUGAGUUUAUGUUUAUUUUACUUUCUAUACAGAUACCACAGUAUACAGGGAAAAUAUUGACAAGAUCAAAAUUUUGGCUGCAAAUUGUCCAUGGAUUUUCAUAUUUUACAUAAAUUUGACACAAUAUGAGCCCUUUUGGAAUGAAAUCUGUCAGUGUGUGUCUGUGUCAAGAGUUUGUGGACCCAACAAUUCAAAUGAAAUUUGGCACCAUUAUUAGGAUUGUAAAAUGUUAGAUGCCCAUUGUUUUGUUUUUUUAUCAGAAUUGCUCCAGUACAUUUUACUAUACCAAGGUAACUGCAUACAUUCAUUAUGUUCUCUAUAUAAUGUGUAUAUGAUAUAUAGGGAAAGUAAUGA